CCCUGUCCCAUCCUGACCCAAUAAAUAUAUUUUAAUAGAAAAAUUCAACAAUUGAAAAUAUUUUAAAAAGAAAAAAACACAAUUCAAAGGGGGUUUAAGGAGGUUUUAAGCAGCCCAAGGGAAGGGAAAGUUCUGUUCAACCAACACCCCAACCUUGACUGGCUCCCCGACUCACGGAUUCAACUCAUCAAACCCCACAAAAGAAUGUCCUCUCAAAACCCAGAACCCAAACAGUCCCCUGAUCCUGAAACCCUGAAAGACCCAGAACCCAAACAGCCCCCGGAAGAUUCCCCAAACGAAGAAUCAGAGGAAGAAGAAGGGGAGUGCGGGUUUUGCUUGUUCAUGAAAGCAGGAGGAUGCAAAGAGAGCUUUGUUGGUUGGGAAAAUUGCAUCCGAGAAGCUGAAGAAAACAAGGAAGAUAUUGUGGAAAAAUGCUUUGAAGCAACCUCAGCUUUGAAGAAGUGUAUGGAGGCUCAUGCUGAUUACUAUGAGCCGGUUUUACGAGCCGAGAAGAAGGCUGAGGAAAAGGUUGUCAAGGAAUUGGAAAAAGAGAAUGAGAAGGAGGAUUUGGGUUCUCCGUAGGAUUCCAAGGAUUUGGAGAUGAAAUAAGAAGGUUAAAAUUUAGAAUAAAUUUUUUACACAAAUUGGAACUAAUUGAUUGUUGGACUAACAAUUUGGAUAGCGCUCUAUUGCAAAGAUUCGAACUUGAAACCUUUUGAAUUGGAGUUUCAAGUUCUAACUGUCUGGUUUAUUUGAUAAAUAUUGUUCCUUUCAUGAUAGUGAAUGGAUGGUGAAGUUUUUACUAUCGUAAUUUUGUUUUUAUUUGGGUAUAAUUACAUUUUUCGCUUCUUUUAUUUCUUUGGAUUACUUUUGUAUGUUGAUCCUUAAUGGUGACUUGAAUCUAUGAUUAUUGAUUGUAGAAUGAAUGAUCCUUGGCAUUGCUGAUUAGUCAUUGGUUGUAUCCUGAAUUGUUUGAAUGAUUUGUGAAAUCACUUGAGGAGGAUCUUAAAAUUUCUUUUUAACUAUUCACCUCUGCUCAAAUUAACUUGGGAAAUUGAGUGGUUUUAGAAUAGGCUACCCCAGAAGGUAAAAAGCCUAUCUUUUGUAUGUGUUCUGUUGUCCAUAGCUGGUGACCAAGUUCCUCCCUUCUUGUGGAAAGAAUUAUUACAAGGAGUUGUACUCUUAUAGUGUAGAGACCAGUUUAAUAUUCUUGAAAAAGCUAAAAUCAUAAAAGUAUGAAUCGAAAAGUGGAGUCUUUGAUAGAACAGUAGUGUGCUCCUCUGCAUGGUGUUCCUUAGAAAAGGCCAUAAAUGAUUGGAAUCCCUUUGUUAUUAUUGCUUGUUUAUUUGUUCUGAUUGUUUUUAUAAGCUCCUCAAUAUUGGUGGAUAUCAUUUUAGUAGUGACUUGAAUCCACAAUUAUAAGAUGAUAUUUUGGAUUUGCUUAUUUAGAAGUUGAUUGUUUCAGGUUCACCUAUUGGUUCAUCUUUUAUCCAUAAUUGUUUGAACGAGUAGUGAAAUCACAUAUCUAUUGCUGAUAGUGAAAAUUGUAAACAGAACUAAGAUGAGAUCUUUUGGAACAAGAUCACACCUCAGAACUUCGUUUCCUGUGCUUUAAAGAGAGAACUUUUCUUUGAUGGAUCAUUACAAAACCCUCCUAGUCUCUUG